CCACCCCCUCUGCGCAACGACUGCAUCGGCCCGUCACCUUUGCGCAACCCAAAUUCUACCGCCGCCGCCGUGACACAAGUGUGCCUUCGUAUUUCACUACACGCAUAAAAAGCAACAGACACAAUGGCGGAAAUCAGACGCAAACUCGUCAUCGUCGGCGACGGUGCUUGCGGUAAGACGUGCUUGCUCAUUGUCUUCAGCAAGGGAACCUUCCCGGAGAUCUACGUCCCGACCGUCUUCGAGAACUACGUCGCAGACGUCGAGGUCGACGGCAAACACGUUGAGCUCGCGCUUUGGGAUACCGCCGGACAAGAAGACUACGACAGACUACGACCGUUGUCGUACCCAGACUCGCACGUCAUCCUGAUCUGCUUUGCUGUUGACUCACCCGACUCGCUGGAUAACGUGCAGGAGAAGUGGAUCUCGGAAGUGCUGCACUUCUGCCAAAAUCUGCCCAUCAUCCUCGUCGGCUGCAAGAAGGACCUGCGCCGUGACCCGAAGAUCAUCGAGGAGCUGCGAAAGACUUCGCAAAGGCCCGUCUCGCCGGAGGAGGGCAUGGCCGUCGCGCAAAAGAUUGGCGCCGCACGGUACCUCGAGUGCAGCGCCAAGACGGGCGAGGGCGUAAGGGAGGUCUUCGAGCAUGCCACACGGGCGGCGCUGCUCAGCAAAGGCAAGCAGAAGAGGAGCGGCGGAAAGUGCCUCGUUCUCUGAUCAGCAAGGCACGAUAGCGCAGCAAUGGCAGGAAAGGGGGUCACGAGCGGGCGAGCAGGUGCAGCUUUUGUCUCCUGCCCCGCCCAUGCCAUUGUCCUGCUUUUC